AUGCUACUUCAACGACAGCUGCACUUCCGACAGCUGGAUGGUGUGCAUUGGACGAUCACCGUCGGCAAUGGCAACAGAAUAGACCUCUACUUUACUGACGUGCAGCUCGAGUGGUCAAACGGAUGUUACAACGACAAUGUUAUGGUAUGGUAUGAUACAUCGUAUGAGCCCACAAGAUUGUGUUACAGCUACUCGUACUAUUUUCGCUCGAAUCAAAACUCCAUGACAGUAGUGCUUCUUUCCACCGGAAAUGUAACAUCUAAAGGCUUCAGUGCGUACUGGAAUACAGUUUGCGAGAGAUCAUUUCCAAGGGACUACAAUGGGACUAUCGAGUCUCCAGGAUUUCCAGACGAAUACUACCGGGGCCAGAAUUGCCGGUUUUCUUUCUCGUUGAGUACCUACAGCCUUCUGCGAGUUAUCUUCACCUACUUUCAUCUCCCAAACACCUCAUGUGAUGCAGAUUACAUCUCGGUGUACAAUAAUUCGUACCAUCAGCGGUAUUGUCACAACUCGCCGCCUCCUGACCUAACAGACAUCAGCGAGAUUCGGUUUGUGUCCAACUCCAGCGGGCCAGCUGGCUAUGGGUUCCAGGCUCGUGUGAGCAGAGAGCUAAAGUGUGGAAAUACAGACAUACGUCUGCAAGAAAAUACCCAACACUACUUGUCCUAUUAUCAUUACGAGUAUUUAAAUGGAAGGUGUGAAUGGACAGUCACAGCAGAGAAAGGACUGGCCAUCAUGAUGAUUGGCUACAUCAGUUGCGACUACGAUGACUGCUUGAAUCGAUUCAUCAAAAUUUACAACGGAACAAGCAAAAAUCCAAAUUCCUUGAUCACACCACGUUAUCACUACUACGGAGAGAUUUCUGUAGAUGAGGCAACCAACACCAUCGUUCUCGAAUACCUCGCUGACAACAGCAGCUACUUUUAUAUGUCAGUAACUUUCAUGGCCUACAACGCCACAGGUCAUAACUGUAAGUAA